CUUUGGGUCACAGGGCAGCUCCAAGCCUAAUGCAUCCUGGAGUUCUGGCAUUUUCCACUCUUCACUGCAAGAUGAACGACUCCCAUACUUCUGCAGGUCUCUGAAAGUCCUUCAGUGUGCUGGAAAAGCCCCCGAAGGAGGGAAGCUGGGCUGAGCCUUCUGCAGGAUCACCGUGGGGGGCAGCUGGGGUGAAGUUCUGGUCAGCCAAGGAGGGGAUGGAGCCCCACAAGCCACUGAAGUCUGACAGCCUUGUAGCCACCGAGCAGCAGCAGCCACCACAGCAUGGCUUGGAGGAAGCUGCCAGCUCCAGAGAUGUGGUGGCCCUCAAGAAGUCCUCCACACCAAGCAGGACCUCUGUGUCCAGUAGAGCCUCCAAAUCCAGCAGGACCUCUGUGUCCAGCAGGAUUUCUGUAUCCAGCAGAAGUUCCACAUCCAGCAGGACAUCCACAGCUAGCAGGACCUCCAAGAGAUCUACCCAGCAGUGCAUGAUCCUGAUGGCUGAGACGUACCCACCCAGGCAGGAGGUGCGCAGGACAGGCAUGCCAAAAGUAGACAAAGCAAUUCAGACCCCCCGGUCCUUUGAUGCUUCACUCAACAAACAGCACACUCGGCUCAAGAAGAAAAUUAAAAGCAAAGACAUGAGCAGCAACCAAGAUCAACUGCAAGCCUCAAGGGACAGCAAUGCCAUGGAGAUCUUUCCCCAGGCAGAGGGGCACAGGACUCCCAGCCCCCCCGAGGUCACACCCCAGCACAGGAGGAGCAAGGUCUCAUCCAACACAUGCAUGAACGCUUAUGAGGAAGAAUGGGAGGACCAGGCUGUGCUGGAGGUGGAAGGGUAUGAGGCUGAUGUUCACAGCCCAGGCACUGUCAUGGGAGACAGCCAGGGGAUCUGCCCUGCAGAGGAGGAGAUGCAGAAGGGGCUGAAACACACUCAGGCUCACGAAGGCAGAGAGGUGAAACCAAGCCUGCUUCUGGAGGCUGAUGGAAGCUUUCACAAGGAAGGAAAGCAGGUCGAUGUAGGAGAGCUGAAGCCUCACCCAGCCCCUAUGGAAAUGCGUUUACUGGACGUUGAUCACCAGCAGGCGCUGGGGGGUGUGAGUAUGGAUGGUGAGUGUGUCGGCACUUCGGGGUGUUCAGGAUUUGGAUUGUUUUCCAGGCAGAAAGCUUCAGAAUUGGAGAUAAAGAGGAGAAAGGAAUUGACUUUUAUAGUCAGCAUACUGACAUUUCCCAAGGCACAAAAUAAUGGAACAGUGCAGCUUGGAAGGCACCUUGGGAAGUCUCUAGUGCCAUCUCCUGCUCCAAGCUGGGUCAGCUGUGAGAUCAGACCAGGUUGCUCUGGGAUUUAUCCUUUACAGUAUCUCCAGGACGGCAAUGAGUCAGGGUUAGCUUGA